AUGAAGUACCCUACUACCGGACAGCUUCAACAAGUUCAUCUUGGGAUUGGUCCCAAGGGCUAUGAACCUGUGGCUUCGUAUCAAGGAGAUAAACAAUUGUACACUCAGGAACAUGAAAUCCUCCAGGCCAGUAUACUGGGCUUCUGCCCGGAACAUCUGUGGCAUCAUGGCUCCAACAAGGCUUCAUGUCCCCGUCCCAUCCUCGUCACAGCAAAGCAUCAAGAACAGCUCGAACAGCUGCACAACGCUUUAGUCACCGCCAUCGUGGAUAUUGUAAAACGGUGGUGGACGGAUCUGGAUGCCCGAUUCCCCGAGCGCAUGCCUCUAACACGAGAUGAAGAAGAUCUGCUGCGGUGGCUCGAGCACCAACAUUCCCAUAACGGGGUGCCCUACGAGGCUCGUCUGGGCUCUUGGAGACCGGACUUUCUGGUUGGGGACUACAGCGGUGGACCCUCGACGGAAACCUACCGUCUCACAGAGAUUAAUGCACGUUUUUGUUUCAACGGGUUUAUGCACCAAGCAUACGGACAAGAAGGCCUGAGCGACCUUGGUGCGGGGAGGAAUGGCCUCAUCCAUGCGACCGAUUCUUCAAAGAUCCUAGAUGGGCUGCUCAGUCUCUUCAAUCCUGACCGCCCAUUGCACCUGCUCAAGGGUGAAGAGCCGGGAAUCGAUAUCCACAUGUUUAUCGACUUCGUGUAUCGUCACAUUGGAAUCAAGCCCCGGCUGAUCACCCCUGCAGAUCUUCGGUUAAUUCCAGAUCCCCAAAGGAAAAAUGGUUCUAAGCUCUGUUGUUUGGUAAAGGAUCAACAGAAUGCUUCGCUUAUCAAUGAAUCCCCUCUACUUGUUACCAGUAAAGGUGAGGUUGUGGAAGAGGUGCACCAAGUUGGCCUGGAACUCCACCAACAUGAGUUAUUUGGUCUCUCACGAGAGAUGCUACGUGAGAUUAGCUUACGCUGCUUUAACGAUAUGCGCACUAUUCUCCUAGUGCAUGACAAGCGCAUACUUGGUAUCAUCAAGCAGGAGAUCCCGACAUUGGUAGCCCGGAAAGUCUUAACUCACGACCAGGGAGAAGCCCUCGAGAGAGGCAUUUCGGAUUCGUUUAUCCCUGGAUCAUCGGAGCUGAAUGAGCUAAUUCAGACUUUGGCGGAUUCGCCGGAGUUAAGAAAGGAGUACCUGCUCAAGCCGAUUCGUGGAGGUAAAGGUGCGGGGAUUAUCUUUGGAGAUGAAGUCGGGCCCGACGAGUGGUUAUCAACCCUUGAGCGUCUCCGCAACCCUCACUUUGUGUCGGGAAAUACUAUGUAUGUGGUUCAACGUCGCAUCUGGCCACGUCUAUACGAAGUCAUCCUCAACUCGUCAGGUGAUAGAGGUAAUUAUCCACUAAUUGGGACCUAUCACACUACAAACGGCCAGCUAUUGGGCCUGGGAACAUGGCGAAGUAGUCCAGACAGAAUCUGUGCUGUCAGCCAUGGUGGCGGGUGGAUCUGCUCUGUCUUGGAUGAAUACGCGGAGAGCUCAGAGUGA